AUGGCGGCGGCGGAGCCCUCGGUGGCGGCGCUGGCUGGCGGCGGGGUGGGCGCGGGGCCGCCGUCGGGCGGCGUGCCGGUGCUCUUCUGCUUCUCGGUGUUCGCGCGGCCCGCCUCGGUGCCCCACGGCGCCGGCUACGACGUGCUCAUCCAGAAGUUCCUGAGCCUGUAUGGCGACCAGCUCGACAUGCACCGCAAAUUCGUGGUGCAGCUCUUCGCCGAGGAGUGGGGCCAGUACGUGGACCUGCCCAAGGGCUUCGCGGUGAGCGAGCGCUGCAAGCUGCGCCUGGUGCCGCUGCAGAUCCAGCUUACGACCCUGGGAAAUCUCACACCUCCGAGCACUGUGUUUUUCUGCUGUGACAUGCAGGAAAGGUUCCGACCAGCCAUCAAGUACUUUGGAGACAUUAUUAGUGUGGGACAGAGACUGUUGCAAGGAGCUCGGAUAUUAGGAAUUCCGGUUAUCAUAACAGAACAGUACCCCAAAGGCCUUGGCAGCACGGUGCAAGAAAUCGACCUAACAGGUGUGAAACUGGUUCUUCCGAAGACCAAGUUUUCUAUGGUGUUACCUGAAGUUGAAGCAGCCUUAGCCGAGAUUCCUGGCGUCCGGAGUGUUGUAUUAUUUGGAGUAGAAACACACGUAUGUAUUCAGCAAACUGCCCUGGAGCUGGUUGGCCGAGGCAUUGAAGUUCACAUCGUUGCAGAUGCCACCUCCUCAAGAAGCAUGAUGGACAGGAUGUUUGCUCUUGAGCGCCUUGCUCGAACCGGGAUCAUCGUAACCACUAGCGAGGCUGUUCUGCUGCAGCUGGUGGCUGACAAAGACCAUCCGAAAUUCAAGGAAAUUCAGAACCUAAUUAAGGCGAGUGCGCCAGAGUCUGGUCUGCUCUCCAAGGUAUAGAAUACUUGAAGGAUUGGGAUCGU